CCACAGGGAUGAGUUGUGGGUGCCUUGAUUGACAUUACCUGGCCGUCCAUGAGCAAGCCAAACACUCAGUCCACAGUGUAUGGCUCGUUGAUGGAGGUCCUGGCCAGAAAGGCGCAGAAGCACUCACAACCUCAUUCAUCCACACACACUGCGAUUCGCACAUCAUGACACCAAAAACCGGGCAUGCAAUUCGCUCAUCGAUAAAGAUCUCAUCGGUCCAAAACAAAGCCCCUUGGCAUGACGCCCUUGCCGCCGCCCAUCGUCCGUCACGUGUACGCGGCUCUGACCUUCGCCACACCGCCUCGAGGGAACUCUGACGGCGCACACACACGAGAAAGAAGGUGUGUUGGCGGCUCGUCUGUGUGUUGUGUUGCAACGUUGACUCACUGAGUUCUCGGAGUGACUUGGCGUAUUCGCUCUCGCCAAGGUUGACACCGCCAUACUCCAUCCGGAACGGACGGCUGGCGACAAGACAAAAUAGCGCACCACACACACGGAUGCAGUCAUCAAUCGUGUGCGUCUACUUGUCGGUCAUGUGUUGAUAGAUGUAGCUCUUGAGGUCCCACGCCUGCAGGCGAGCACACCACACCACACACACCACAGAUAUUUCCGUUGACCAAUCCACCCAUCGAUGGAUCCCACAGGGGCAGCCAUGUCGUGACACGCACCGUUUUGUCGAGUGUCAUGGUCGUGGAGACCUCGUUGCCGGCCGGCAUGGUGAUGGCCAACGUCACAUCCUCAGUCUGACGCUCGGACUCCUGAACCAACAGAGAUGGAUGGAUAGAUGACAUGUCGCAUCAGACGGCAGCCUUGCUCGUCAUGGCCGCCCACCUUCUGGUCAAAGAAGAACUGACACGCGGCCUGCACACACACAACACACAACGCACCCAGCGGCUCUGUGUGUGUGUGGGUGUGGGUGUUGCUGUUGUUGUUUCGGUGUGUGGCUGACCGCAGUGUCCCAGUCCUUCUCUGUGAGGAAGAAGACGGCCUGUCCUCUGUUGGACCCCGUGAUCUGCAUCACCUCACUGAUCUUCUUCUCGUUCUCUGCGGCCACCACACAUACACACACACACCGUUUCACCUGCGCUUCAUGUGGCCGGCUAUCUGCUGUCUGGUAAGUCACUGCGUACCGGCUUCCUUCCUGUUCUCUUCAGCCUGCUGACGGCUCUCCUGACACACGUGAUUGAUGUAUCGAGCACAUUGAACACGCGGCGGCGCAUCGGUGUGUGUGGCUGCCUGUGUGUGGUGGGGGUACGUACCUCUUGGCGUUUCCUGCUGGCUGGCGAUGCGUCAGGAGCGCUCUGCUCCCUGCACGCGUGGCAUCGAGCGAGCACCAGAGAAGAAGAGAACGGAUUGAUGUGAUGCCACUGUGAGUCCGCAUGUGUGAGUGGAGUGGACGUAUGUACCAUUCCAAUGCUGCUUCCUUCGACAGCCUGCAGUGCACACCACACAACGCAACGCAACGCAACGCAACGCAACGCAACGCAACGCAACGCAACGCAACGCGAGAUGGAUGAAAGAAUGGAUGCGUGUAGCGCUGAUAUCAGCGAUAAUUGCUUUGUUUAUGGCUUACUCACUUUCUUUCCUCUCUGAGGCCCUCCUCCUUCCGGAUCUCCUCCCUGACCUCAUCCAACCUCUGAAUCAAUCAAUUAACCACACGCAUCGCAUGCCAUACACAUGGCUGCACGCAGAGCCUGCCGGCCUUCGUCUCGUCUCGCUGACCGACCUACCUUGAGUGCCUUCUUCUCAUCGUCGAAUGAGAGGUGCAGCCUGUCUGCUGGGCUGCUGUGGAGGGCGGUGGAGAGGCGGGAGAGCCGGGCGGGCGGGUGAGACGACUGCAGAAUCCGCAGAGAGCAGAAAUGCAUCGCCUCGUAGUGGCGGUUGCCUGCACACAGACACACAGGAGAGCCAGAUGCACGUAUUGGAUGGUAUGGCCCUUGCUCACAUCUCCCGUCGUUGCUUUGACUUGACUGACCUGUCCAUUCCGGCACGUGGGUUGGGAAGACGUAUUCUCUCGCUUGACCAACAGACAGACAGACAGACAGACAAACAGACACACAGAAAGCCAGCCGAACACAAACAGCGCCAUCAAGCGUCCGUCAGUCUGUCAACCAGCGUCAUCGCUUACCGAUUUCGGUAUCGCCGUAUGAGCCACUCAAGAGUGACCAGCCUGGCGCGUGCGCAGCCAUCAGAUCUUCGCUGUUUCUAAGUGCCAAUCGACAUUACAGCAUCCUCAGAUCUGGAGAUAAUCUCCUCGCGCCUUCUUUGCCACUUUCUCGAAUGCCG